UUUUUAUUAUUCCAAAUUUCCCAAAAAGCAAGGUAAGAUAUGUAAUAAUUUAGAAACCAAGUAAUGUUAGUUGAGUAUCCUCUAUUACAAACUCAUGUCUAUAUAUAAACACCCACUUCACCACUCCACAAGAAAAAGAAAACAAAACUCCCACCACUAUACUCUCUCUUUAACUUCUCUUCUUCACCAAAUCUAUCUUUCAGUUUCUCUCACCUGAAUAUUAUUAAUUACAUACAUAUAUACUAUAUAGUUAAAAACAAAAAAAAUCAAUGGCAGCAGACUCAUAUGGAUAUGAUGAAGAAAGUAGUUGUUCAUCCUCCAUAACAAUGCCAGAUUCUAGCCAUAGUUGGAUGAGUCUAAACCUAAACCUAAACCUAAACUUAAACCUUAGUAGUCUAAGUUUAAGUAGGCGAAGCAGUUUUUCAAGCAAUAUAUCUCUUUCUUCUCCGUCUACAAAGCCUCACAAGGCGCAACAAGCGGCUUGGGAGGCGAUAAAGGGGUUGCGGAGGCAGGUGGCCGGAGGCCGUGUCGGCCUCGAGCACUUCCGUAUCAUUAAACGUGUAGGAGGAGGUGAUUUAGGCAAUGUUUACUUAUGCCAAAUAAGAAGUCCUGCCACCACCGCCACCGCCGCCGCACCGCCGUGCUAUUAUGCCAUGAAGGUGGUUGAUAGAGAGGCUUUAGCUAUAAGGAAUAAGCUUAUUAGGGCAGAUAUGGAAAAGGAUAUAUUAGGGAUGUUGGAUCAUCCUUUUUUGCCUACUUUAUAUGCUGAUUUUCAAGCUUCUCAUUAUUCUUGUUUAGUCAUGGAAUUUUGCUCUGGUGGUGAUUUGUAUGCUCUUAGACUUCGCCAACCUAAUAGGACUUUUCAUAUCACUUCUUCUAAGUUUUAUGCUGCGGAGACACUUUUAGCCUUGGAGUAUCUACACAUGAUGGGAAUCAUAUAUAGGGAUCUUAAGCCAGAAAAUGUACUAGUAAGAGAGGAUGGUCACAUUAUGCUUUCUGACUUUGAUCUUUCACUCAAGUGUGACGUGGUCCCAAAGUUGUUAAAACAAAAGCUGCCAGCUUCCAUUGAGAAGAACACUUAUGGAAGGUGUUCCACCCCUUCUUGUGUUACUCCCAUACAGCCUGUCUUGUCUUGUUUUUCCAAUAACAAGAGAAGGAAGAAGAAAUCCCCUAAAAACACAACCACAAUAAGAGAAAAAGCCAAUGGUGAUCGCAUUAAUAGCGAUUCCGAUGAUGGUGGUGGUGAUGGUAAUGGUAAUGAUAAUGAAAUCUUUGACACGGAGUUAGUGGCCGAGCCUAUUAAUGCUCGGUCCAAGUCCUUCGUGGGUACCCACGAGUACUUGGCUCCGGAGGUCAUAUCUGGACUCGGUCAUGGAAGUGCUGUCGAUUGGUGGACCUUUGGAGUGUUCCUUUAUGAGAUGUUAUAUGGAAGGACACCUUUUAAGGGUGAAAACAAUGAGAAAACACUCAUCAAUAUUUUGAAACAACCAGUAACGUUUCCUAGGGUGAGUCUAAAUAGCGCGAAAGAAUAUGAAGAAAUGAUGAAAGUUCAAGAUCUUAUUUGUAAGCUUCUAGUGAAAAACCCUAAAAAAAGGAUUGGGAGCUUAACUGGUUCAAAUGAGAUCAAAAGACAUGAGUUCUUCAAGGGUGUUAAUUGGGCCUUAAUUAGGUCAGUUAAACCACCUUUGGUGCCUAAGGAACAAGUUCACAAUGACAAGAUAAGAAAAAGUGCUAGUAGUAAUUGUAGUAGUAGUUAUCAAAGAGGUCUCAAUAUGCCAAAAGCACUAAGCAAGAAAGAGAGGCAAGAACCAUAUCAAAUUCCUCAUCAUCAUUUUGAUUACUUUUAAGAUACUUACUUUUUUUUUUGGAACUGUAAAUAAUUAGUUUACUUUAUUAUAGGGUCUUAAUAGAUGAUAAUAUAAGUUGAUUAAUGGUAGUGGAUUAGUAGCUCUAUAUCACCACUAUGUUUAUCAUCAUAUGUAUAAUCAUAGAUUAAAGAGAGAGAUCAUCUCCUCAAUUCUUUCUCAUUUAUCUAACUUAUUAUUAUUAUA